UACUCGCACACGAACGAGGGUUCCGUUGCCUGGCGACGGUAAACCGGAGCGGCGGCGUCACGUCGGGGAUUCGAGAAAGGAUGAGGAUUGCCGUACAGUCCGGGCGAUCCUUCCCUCGGGGUGGCGAGUAGAAAAAUUCGCGUCUCGUGGCCAACAUUUCACGCGGAUCGAGUGCCGCGCGAGAUUUCGCGCAAAAUCCCGUUCGCGAGGAUCGCAUCGACGCGCCGACUUUAACGUAACGCUCUCGAGUUUACGUAAACGUCGUUGCGAAAUUAUCUGAGGACUGGCGCCAUAGGCGCCCGAUUGGCACGGAAGUUGAAUUUCUAGGAGGCGAUUCGUUCCUCCGGAUCGUUAUCGGCAAAACGGUGAUAUCAUUGCAAAUCGAAGGCGAAUAUGCGAAGGCAAUUCGCGCUUCGCAUAAUUCGUUUGCCAUCCGCAUAUCGCAAAUUACAACUCUCUCUCUCUCUCUCUCUCUCUCUCUAUAGAGAUGUAAAACGAUGCGCACCGGGACCGAACUUCAACAACCGGCAAUCUUAAUGCAAACGCAUUAAUGCGAGUAAUAUAUUCCGUAUCCGAUCUUCCGAGGGAAAUUGCUUUCCGCCAGGCAUCGCUCCUGCGAGUGCGUGCCAACGGUGAAUGUGUGCGUGCGUACAUGGCAUCUCGCGAAUACACAUCAACAUCGCGCGAAUCCAAUAACCGAGUCGCGAAAUUACUCUUCGCGUAUUUCCACUUUGACCUUUGACUCGACCCGGUAUUGGUACCUCGAGGGUCGCGGGGAAAUGGAUUUCGGUAUCUCGGUAUAGGAGUCACGACGGCGAUACAUCUGAGGUACCGCGACUGUUGAGGAGAGCAUCGAUCGUCGAGUACCGCGAGAAACCGUGUACGCGAGAUCUUUGGCGCUGGACCAAAGCGAGAGCUACGAAAUAUAUACUCGACCCGCCCGUGAGUCGUAGACAAUUUUCGCAAACUCGUUGGACCUCUGCCCGAGAAAGAGGAAGAAAGAGAAAAGGAGAGAGAUAUUCCGCCAUGGAGUCGCUGUUGGAGGAGGGGAGACGGUCCUUUACGCAAACGUCAACGACGUCAUGUAAGACAAGCGAGAUCACCAUCUGAGAACCUGGCGCGUGUACGGAGGCGAUAGACUUGUCGAAGGGCGACCAGAAGGAGGACGAGCACGAUCGUUUGGAGGAGCAGGAGCCAGUCGCCCCGGCGAGUGUAGAGAUGGGUUGCUGCGGUUGUGCGGACGAGCCCUCGUCCAAAGUGGAACCCACGACACCCGAUAAUCAAGGCUCGCCGUCGAACGUUUCAACGCAGAUAUACGUAAAGAAUCGAUCAUGCACCGAUUUUUGGGCCGUGAUCCUGAUGCUCGUUCUCGCGGGUGGUUUCAUCUUCAUGAUGACGAAUGUGGUGAAGAAGGGUGACAUUUACCGCGUGAUACAUGGAUUUGACGAUUGCGGAAAUGUCUGUGGCCGCGUCACCCCGCACGAAAACGACCCGCAAUUCGACUGCAAGGGCGCCGACUACACCAAAAAACCGUAUCUCGAGAUUGAUUUCGAAAUGAAUGGUAUGAAGAACCGUACGUGCGUGGCGAACUGCAUAGUGGACGAGACCAAAAUAUUAUUCCUGAAUCGCUGUAUGCACAAAAAAGUGACAGAAACCAUCAGUUCCAUAAUAAGGACUCUUCGUUUGGACAGCUUUUACAACGAUGCAGUUACUGAUUUGGGACUUGCAUGGCACGAAUUGAUUUACCUUUUACUUAUAGCUUUAGCACUUUCUCUCGCAAUUUUGGUGGCCUUCCGCUAUAUGGUACAAUAUGUCAUUUAUAUCGUAUUAAUUGGCGCAGUUUUGGCUUGCAUCGGCGGCACAACGUAUCUCUGGCUGGCGUGGUAUCGCGAGAAGAAGGGUUUGGAAAGGGGCGACAUUCACCCGGAGGAUUCUAGCGUGGAGCCCUACUUCAUCUACGCUAUUAUUAUGUCGGUCGUUGCUGUUAUCGUACUCCUGGUGAUUCUGGUGAUGAGGAAGAGAAUCGAGCUAGUCAUGCAGCUUUUCCGGGAGGCGGGUAAAGCCGUGUACUCGAUGCCGGCAUUGCUGUUUCAGCCGAUUUAUACGUAUCUAUUGAUCGGUGCCACGGUAGUGGCGUGGAUCUACUGUAUGUUGUGGAUUGAAAGCGCCGGUGACAUUUACAAGAAUAAAAAAGAUCAUAUUCGUUUCAAGAAGGAUGGAUUACUCAUUGCAACGAGGUGGUACAAUCUGUUUUUAUUCUUCGUGGCGUGUGAAUUCUAUUUGGGUUGCCAACACAUGGUCGUCGCUUGCGCUGUUGCUCGAUGGUUCUUUACAAGGGACAAAAAUCGUCUUUCCUUACCAGUGGUAAAAGGCUUCGGACAUCUUAUAAGAUAUCACAUGGGUACUGUGGCUUUUGGAGCUUUAAUAAUAGGCAUUGUUCGAGUGAUCAGAGCCAUGAUAUCCUUCGUCCAGAAUCAUCUGAAAGGCUAUGAUAACGCUUUCGUGAAAGGAAUAUUAUGGUGUUGUCAAUGCUGUCUCUGGUGUUUCGAAUGUGCACUAAAAUUCCUUACCAGGAAUGCUUACAUCGAAACAGCCAUAUACGGAUGCAACUUUUGCACGGGCGGGAAGAAGGCGUUCCAAGUCUUGUCCAGCAACAUCUUGCGAGUAGCGGCGAUUAACAGCGUUGGUGAUUUCGUUCUAUUUCUGGGUAAAGUCCUUGUCGUCACUCUUACGGUCGUUUCAGGAAUUUAUUUGAUGCAGGUACAGAAAAAGGAAGGACUUAAUCAUCCUUGGAUACCAAUUACUCUCGCGGGGAUAUUCGCAUUUUUAGUCGCGCAUUGCUUCAUAUCUAUCUACGAGAUGAUUAUUGACACGAUAUUUAUAUGCUUUUGCGAGGAUUGUGAGAAGAAUGAUGGCAUAAGCAGGCCUUAUUACAUGAGCCGCGGUUUGAUGGAAUUCGUGGAGAACAGCAAGAAAGCUCUGAGGCAAUUGGAACAAGAUUCUGCGGCCUCGUAAACGUUAGGAAUUAAAUUUCUGUUGAAAGAAUGUGUUGUGGACCAUUUCGGACAUUCAAUGUUUGGCCUGUGUAAGCGGCGUAGAAAUUCUCAUGAGAGGAUAUUGAAGAUUCGUUUAAUAUAUGAAUCUGAGAGAUAAUCGCGAAAUUGCAAAAGAGACAGAAAUAGCUUCUUUCGUAUACGCCGUCUUCUCUUAGUAUGCAUCACGAUUAUCGAAGUCGUUCCACAUCAGCGAAGUGUGCUGCUAAUGCGCACAAUCGGUUGUUCCGAUCAAUCCAACGGACUGACUACGACUGAUUACGAGGAAUGUUACGAAUCAUUCUAUUUUCGAAGUUCCUAUUUCUAAAAAAAUAUUUUUUAUAUGACAGGAUAGCUUUUUUACAUAAACUUAAACGAGACAGACGCGAUACUCGUACAAUUGUUGCGAAUACGCUGAAUUUGGCAGCCUGAUCUUUAUAUGUCUUCGUAUAGUCACAAGUGAUUAGUGAACAAAUUAACUUAUAAGAUACCUUAUAAGGAUACCUAUUAUGUAUCAUAUAACUUGGUCAGAAUUACAAAAGUGAAGUAAAUUUACCAAUUUAUUGAUCAAUGAAAUUAAUAUUCUAAUAAAUUCACUCGUUUUUGUAAUUUUCAAGUUCUGUGAUCCGUAAUCAAAUCCCUGUUCUAUGUUCUUAGAAUAUAAGUUUACACGUAAAGUUAUAGCGUUAUGAGUGUUAUGUACUCGUUCUCUAUCGCUGUAAAUAUAUCUUUCUUUCUUAUAAACAAGUGCCUACGAUAAAUAAUUUUUCAUUUUGAUACAAGUGCCGUGUAAGAUAUAAGUAGACAGUGCUAAUGAUGUAGUCAUUGCUAUUUAGAAAGAAUACGUAAGAUUAAUAUUAUAUUGUAUGUUAUUAACAAAUAAACCUACAAUUGCAUAAAA